AUAAACGAUACAAUGCAAUUUCGUGCAACGAGACCGAGAAAGACACAAUCUAAAUGCAUUUCGGUGCUUUAUACAUAGUGAGCUUCUCGCUCCGUGUGUAGGAAGUAUAGAAAGCUUUGCUGUGAACUGGGCAAAAUCCAGUCUGACAAUUGCCCGUACUGCUCCUUCCACCUCUGCCGGCUCCGUCUGGGGCUGUUUCGGACAUGGAUUACGCCAGUCAAAGGGAUAUGAGCAAGCAGCUCGCGAACAACCCUGAAGCGGUGGCUCCCGGACCCAACGAAGGUGCGGGAGUUGCCAGAGGCGAAAAUGAGCCGCAAAACGCCCCUGUGCCAGCGGCCGCCGCCGCCAGCCUUGCCCGGUCACUGUCCAACGACAGCAAAGCCUUUCUCUCCGAGGAAGCGAAACCCAGCGAGCUGGAGAGGACCAAAGUGGGGGUCUGCAAGCUGAGCAGCACCCCGGUGCAAGCCAGCUCCACCGGCCGGAGGGGAUCUGCGGAGAGCUUCCCCUGCACGCCGGGCAAUCCCGGGGCAGGGACAGCCGGGCCGGCUGCGAUCCCGCACUGCAAAAUCCCCGCUCUGCAGAGCACGGACGGGAACGCUGCCCUGGGCCUCGGCAAGGGCUCGCUGGAGCACAGCAACGCCUGGGUGACCCUGAGCCAGAGCACCGUGGUGCUGGGCGCCGACGGCAACACCUCUGUCCUCCCCGGCACAGUGGAGGGGGAAGACGAUGUGGGGGAUGAAAAUAAAGCCCGAGGGAACUGGUCCAGCAAGCUGGAUUUCAUCCUCUCCAUGGUGGGUUACGCGGUGGGGCUGGGCAAUGUCUGGAGGUUCCCGUACCUGGCCUUUAAGAAUGGGGGAGGUGCGUUUCUCAUCCCCUAUUUGAUGAUGUUGGCUCUAGCUGGGAUCCCCAUUUUCUUCCUGGAGGUGUCCCUGGGGCAGUUUGCUAGCCAGGGCCCCGUGUCGGUGUGGAAAGCCAUCCCCGCGCUGCAAGGCUGCGGCAUCGCCAUGCUGAUCAUCUCGGUGCUGAUAGCCAUUUACUACAACAUCAUCCUCUGCUACACCCUCUUCUACCUGUUCGCCUCCUUCGUGCCCGUGCUGCCCUGGGCCUCCUGCAGCAACCCCUGGAACACGCCCGACUGCAAGGACAAAAACAAACUUCUGCUGGACUCCUGCAUCAUUGGCGACCACCCAAAAAUACAAAUCAAGAACUCUACUUUCUGUAUGAGUGCCUAUCCAAAUCUAACCAUGGUUAACUUCACCAGGGAAGGAAACAAGACGUUUGUCAGUGGGAGUGAAGAAUACUUCAAGUACUUUGUAUUGAAGAUUUCAGCAGGGAUUGAAUAUCCUGGUGAGAUUAGAUGGCCCUUGGCAUUAUCUCUUUUCCUAGCCUGGGUGAUUGUUUAUGCCUCCCUUGCUAAAGGAAUCAAAUCAUCAGGAAAAGUUGUGUACUUCACAGCCACGUUCCCCUACGUGGUCCUCAUCAUCCUGCUCAUCAGGGGAGUGACUCUGCCUGGAGCUGGCGAUGGCAUCUGGUACUUCAUCACACCCAAGUGGGAGAAGCUCAUCGAUGCUAUGGUUUGGAAGGAUGCUGCCACUCAGAUUUUCUUCUCCUUAUCUGCAGCAUGGGGAGGUCUAAUUACCCUCUCUUCAUACAACAAAUUCCACAAUAACUGCUACAGGGACACUCUGAUAGUGACGUGUACCAACAGUGCCACAAGCAUAUUUGCAGGCUUUGUCAUCUUCUCAGUCAUUGGCUUCAUGGCAAACGAGCUCAAAGUGAAUAUUGAAGCUGUGGCAGACCAAGGUCCUGGGAUUGCUUUUGUGGUUUACCCAGAAGCCUUAACAAGGCUCCCCCUCUCUCCCUUCUGGGCUAUAAUAUUCUUUUUGAUGCUCCUAACUCUUGGAUUAGAUACCAUGUUUGCCACCAUCGAGACCAUCGUGACCUCGGUGUCAGACGAGUUCCCCAAGUACCUGCGGACACACAAGGCUCUGUUCACCCUGGGCUGCUGCGUGUCCUUCUUCAUCAUGGGCUUUCCUAUGAUCACUCAGGGUGGAAUGUACAUGCUGCAGCUUGUGGACACCUAUGCAGCCUCCUACUCUCUUGUCAUCAUUGCCAUCUUUGAGCUUGUUGGAGUUUCCUACAUCUACGGACUGCAAAGAUUUUGUGAAGAUAUAGAAAUGAUGAUUGGAUUCCAGCCAAGUAAAUUCUGGAGAGUCUGUUGGGCAUUUGUGACCCCAACUAUUUUAACAUUUAUUCUGUGCUUCAGCUUUUACCAGUGGGAACCCAUGACUUAUGGAGCCUACCACUACCCAGGCUGGUCCAUGGUGCUCGGCUGGCUGAUGCUGGCCUGCUCAGUCAUCUGGAUCCCAGUGAUGUUUGUGAUAAAAAUGCAUCUAGCCCCAGGAAAAUUUAUUGAGAGGCUGAAGCUGGUGUGCUCCCCACAGCCCGACUGGGGCCCCUUCCUGGCCAAGCACCGCGGCGAACGGUACAGGAACAUGAUUGAUCCGCUGGGAACCUCCUCCCUGGGGCUCAAACUGCCAGCCAAGGACAUGGAGCUGGGGACACAGUGCUAAUGAUUAUUACUAAAGGGUGGCAAUCACACUGUCAGCCUUCUCUGAUUUUAUUUUCCCCAUUUUUGUUUUCACCCACCGCUUCUUCUUUCCCGCAGUGCCUGAAAGUGGUUGCUUAGGAAAGCAGAGCUCUGUUGUUGCACGCCAUAGGGGAGGCCUAACCAGACCACUUCCAGGUGUGGGUGAUGCCUGUGACACGUUCUGUUCCUGGGGACGCAGCAGAAGCCCUGUGUGUGACAGGUGGCACAGCCAGGUGCUGUCAGGUGAUGCAGGAACGAACAGAACCAAACCAAAAAGUCUUUAGAGAAAUGAGGUGUGCAGUCUGACCCCCUUCCAACAAGCACCCUUUGUAGCAGGUGGCUGGGGUGGGAUUUUGCUACCAGUGCAUUCCAAGGAGGGUUCAUCCCUCAGAUAUGAUGGAAGUGAGCAAAGAAUGGGAUCUCCUGUAGUCCUGAUGUAAAUCCAGCACAAGGCUCCUGUAGCAACGGGGCUGCUUCCCUACACUGACAGCCAGCCUUGACCCAUCAUGUCUGCACACCUCCUUUGUGAUUUGUACUAACUUGGAGGGGUUGUUAUGCCAUUUAAACAAGUGGAGAACCCUGAAACAGCACACCAGGAAGCAAUGCAUGGGGUGAGAACAAAACAUGAUAAUCCAUUUGUAGAAAAAUAAGAACAAAGUGUUUAAAAAUUAUCAGUUGAGAGACUAAACUGCAUUUGAGUCUAGAAGUGGUUUGGAAAUGGUGUCAGAAUGAGCUGUAUGGGCAUCGCUGUUUGAAGUCCUCUCAUAUGUUUCUUUUGAUAAUUUGACAUCUGUCAUUUCAACUAGGAAUGCCUCAGUUACACAAAGUAUCUGACAACUUGCUCCACGCCAAGUGAACUGUGAUUUUACUCACCUCACUCCAAUACUCCGAAUAUAUUUUUCUUUUUCUCUGCUUUUGUUUACAGUAUCUCCUCAAAAAGCCAUCAUAUAAUUUGUGCCUAACUUUGUAUCCUUAAAAAGCGGUAAGUGUAGUCUAGUUACCACCUGAAAACAGUUAUUGGAUGUGCUGUUCAACUUCGUGACUCCCCGUUCAUUUGCCUCUAAGCACCUUUAUAUAACCUGUAACCCUUAGAUGGUGUAUUCUUCUCUUUCAGCCAAUAGGGAAAUAGCAGGACCCCCUUGUCUACAUAUUAUAUAUAUAGCACGUCAAUUCUUCAAAGCAGUAUUCUCUCUGAAACAUGCAUAGAGUAUUUUUUUCAUUAAAACAUUUUCAUUAAAUAAAACCACUCAAAUCCUCAGUAAUUAACCACUGCAGUUAUCCACACAGGUGCAACAUUAGGUGUAGAAAAUGCAAGGGUUGAGGGGGAAAGGGCAAUUUAGUAGAGGGCCAUCAUAGCAUUGCAUAGCAUCCUAAAUCACUACAUUUUAGAAAUCAGAUAUAUGCAAUCAUAUGAAUAUUAGACUUAAAUAGUUUUGUUACCUAUUGGACAGAGUAAAAAAUAGAGCUUUUAAAGAGUACAUUUAUUUACCUAAAUAGAAAAUUAGCCCAACUUAUUGUAAAUGCACUAGAAUGAGGGAGAAAAAUAUAUCUUCAAUAAUUGGCAAAAAUUAACCUUUAUUAUCUUGUUAUAUUCUAUACAUACAUAUAUGAUAUUUUUUAACGGUGAUCAGUGUUCAUGUAGUGUGUGCUAGUGAUGUUUUAUGUCCUUAUUAAUAUCUUACCAAUCAGUGUAGAAAUAAUGAGCUUAGUAGUUUAGCCAGUUUUUUCCUCCCCACAGACACUGCUGUAGUAGCCUGUAAAUGUUCUUUCCUUUCAGGGGACUGUUUCUAUCCCGUUUUUCUGUCUGUCUGUCUGUCUGUCUUCAUACUACAGGGUCUCAGGUAAAUCCUCAGUUCAUGUGUGUCCGUAGAUCAGUAGGUGUGCUGUUUUCAUCCUGUUGAAGAAAACAAAAAGCUAAACCUUAAAGUAACACUUCCACAAAUUGUUAACUCCUUUCCUCUGUGUGUGUGUAUAUAUAUAUGUAUAUGAAAUAUAUUAAUAAUCAUUUUGCUGAACUUCCUCUUUCACGGGGCAAUUAGUGUUGCCAGUCCUAGGCACUGCUGGGAAUCUUUAAUCCUCACUCAGAACAAUGAAGCACUAUCAGGGCUUGUCAAGCAGGGCAGGGAGGGCAGGUUCCACAAUAUCUUACACUGACCCCUGAAUCUCUGCUCCAUGGGCUCUUGCUGGUCCCUGUCCCACACAGCAGCAGGACAGGACCCUCCUGUGGCCUUCUCUGCCUUAAAGCUGCUCCCCUUGCUUCAGCUUUGCCUGCUAUUUUAACAAAAGACUCGCUAUUCUUACCUCCAGCUUUUAUUUUCCUGGCAGAGGCAGGUUUGAGAAGCUGUGCUCUGUCUGAAGGUCCACAAAGAUGAGCUGGAAAUUUGGUUCCCACGUCUGGGUGGGGCUGAGGGACCUUCCCUGGGUGCAAAAGGAAAACCCAAGCCAGCAUCUCUCUUGGGAAUUGUGUUUCUGUCGGGAUAAAUCACUCUGGGUCUCCCUUAACCAAUAUUCCCUGCCACCUUGGUUUGAUUUUUGCAGUCCGAGCCAAUUUAUCCUCGCUAAUACUGUAAUUUAAAAACAACAACAACAUAUAUCUGUAGGUUUGAUCCUCUUUGAAAAAGAGACAACACAGUCCAGUGGUUUGGGAGCACUGAAUCCUUUCCCUCGGAGGCUUGUCUCAAGGCAUGCCUUGGAACUGGGGUUGCACAUGGCCAUGGAGCCCCUCAGGGUGAGGAUGUCAGCCACUGCCCACCUGAACUGGGACAGAGAGAUCAUUUCAAGGAAUACUGCUGGGAUAUGAGAUCUUUUGGCUUGGAUUACCAAACCAGACUGCAUAUGAAAUUGCUACUGAAUUGCUUUCCAUGAUUUAUGUAAUUAAUCUGCUUGCUUUUAAUUUAGAUGUUGUUCCUGUGCCUGCUAAGUCAUUAGCACAGGAUUAGGCUUGAAUUUGAAACUCUGUAAACAGAUGAUUGGGAUUUUUUUGCUAGCUGAUCUUUGUCUUCAACUUUGACCCCAUUGCUAGGCUUGCAAAAACCUUUGGAAAAGGGGAGAAAUGCAUACAAAAAUCACAGAAGAUGUAAAGUUUUCACUAAAUGUGAAAGGCAGGGUUUUAUUUUGGUCACAUGAGACUUUUUCUGAAGUAUUUUACUGUCCAAAUCUGAAAGCUGAGAUUAAAUUAACCAGCAGUGUCUUCUUUAAAUGAGAAAUAACCUUAAAGUUUGGGAAUGCACUUCAUUUACCAUGUUCUAAGGAAAGUUUGCAUGCACUUUGAUAAUUUUCUAAAAAUAAAUUUAGUAACUAAUAGCAUAACAGUAAAGAUCUUUAAAAGAAAAAACAAGGAGGGGAAAAAGCCAUAUUAGUAAAAAUGUGAUGUACGUACUUUCAGAUCUAUCUAUCUUGUGAGUAAAAAAUGUUUAAAUUUGGUGAAACUAUGAUGCA